GUAACAUGUUAGCUUUAAUUGUAAGCUUCCUGAUUACCAACAGUUUUUUAUGCAGAGUGACAGUUACUUCAACCUCAUUCAAUGUCCCAGAGAAAAAGUCCAACUGUCCUCUUGGUUAUUUCCCAUGUGGAAACUUGACCAAAUGCCUCCCACAACUCCUGCACUGCAACGGCGAGGAUGACUGUGGCAACCAGGCAGACGAAGAAAACUGUGGAGAUAACAAUGGAUGGCCUAAUCUGUUUGACAAAUACUUUGGAAUCCUCAAUAAUGAAUUUGGAACCAAGUCCAACAAAUGCUUGCUCGGGGCCAUCCCUGACUCCUGCUUAUGCAGGAGCCUGGAGCUCGACUGUGACGGCGCCCUCCUCCGAAACGUCCCAAGAGCUUCCACAAACGUCACUAUGAUGUCUCUACAAAGAAACAGGCUGAAGAAACUCAAUGCUGAUAUAUUCUAUAAGUACCAGAAUCUACAGAAACUAUAUCUUCAGCACAAUAGGAUUCGAGUUGUGAACCCACGUGCAUUCAGGGGACUGUAUAAUUUAACCAGACUAUAUUUGAGCUACAAUAAGAUAUCCGUUUUAAAGCCAGGGGUGUUUCAGGAUCUUUAUAAACUUGAAUGGUUGAUACUGGAAAAUAACAAAAUCAACCAGAUUUCCUCUCUGACAUUCUCUGGGUUACGCUCACUGGUCCUUUUGGUACUCCUUAAUAAUGCUCUCAGUCAACUGCAUGACAAGACAAUCUGUCUGGAGAUGCCUAGACUGAACUGGCUUGAUAUGGAAGGAAAUCAGAUUGAGAGUGUUGGGAAUGUGACUUUCUCUUCUUGCAAAAUGCUGACAGUGCUGGUUCUACAGCGAAACCGAAUCAGUCGCUUGCAUGAAAAUGCUUUCUCACCGCUACAGAAACUUGGAGAGCUUGAUUUGUCAAAUAACCAGAUCAAAUCAAUUCCCCCAAAUCUAUUUGUUGAUCUUGGUGAACUUCUACAGCUGAAUAUUUCCUAUAACCCCAUUCUCCAGUUGCAAAUGGACCACUUUGAUAACCUGCAUAAAUUAAAAUCAUUAAGCAUAGAGGGCAUAGAGAUUGGCCACAUACAGAGACGAAUGUUUGAACCUCUGAAGAACCUGACACACAUAUAUUUUAAGAAGUUCCAGUACUGCGGCUACGCUCCGCAUGUGCGCAGCUGCAAGCCGAACACUGACGGCAUCUCAUCCUUUGAGAAUCUGCUGGCCAACAUCGUGCUCAGAGUCUUCGUCUGGGUGGUCUCAGCCACCACCUGCUUCGGAAACAUCUUCGUUAUUUGCAUGCGAUCAUAUAUCAGAUCUGAAAACAAGCUACACGCCAUGUGUAUCAUAUCUCUGUGUUGUGCGGACGGUCUGAUGGGCGUGUACCUGUUUGUAAUCGGCGCCUUUGACCUGAAGUUCCGGGGCGAGUACAACCGGCACGCCCAGUCGUGGAUGGACAGCCUCCAGUGCCAGGUGGUGGGCUCCCUGGCCAUGCUCUCCACGGAGGUGUCCGUCCUGCUGCUCACCUACCUGACCCUGGAGAAGUACGUGUGCAUCGUGUACCCCUUCCAGUACCUGACCCCCGGGCGCUGCCGCACGGUCAGCAUCCUGGUCUCCAUAUGGGUGCUGGGCUUCGUCAUCGCCUUCUUCCCCCUGGUCGGGAAGGGCUUCUUCCGCAACUUCUAUGGCACCAACGGGGUGUGUUUCCCCCUGCACUCCGAGCAGCCCGAGACCAUAGGGGCACAGGUGUACUCCAUCGUCAUAUUCCUGGGCUUGAAUUUGGUGGCCUUUCUUAUUAUAGUGUUCGCCUAUGGAAGCAUGUUUUACAACAUCCAGAAGACAGGCACGAGAGCAACAGAGUACAGCAACCACAUUAAAAAGGAGGUGACCAUUGCUAAGCGCUUCUUUUCCAUCGUGAUCACAGACUCGCUCUGCUGGAUACCCAUUUUUGUGCUAAAGAUUUUAUCUUUGACGCAGGUGGAAAUACCAGGCACGAUCAGUUCUUGGGUGGUGAUCUUCAUCCUUCCGAUCAACAGCGCGCUCAACCCAAUCCUGUACACUCUCACCACACGCCCAUUCAAGGAGACCCUUCUCCAAGUGUGGAUCAACUACAGGCAGAGGAGGCCUCUGUCCCACUCCCAGCCGGCCUACACUCCCUCCUUCACCUGGCUGGAAAUGUGGCCCGUCCCGGACUCCGGCCCAGGACUGUCCUCGCCCGAGUACCUGGCCCACCCUUCCCAAAUGUCCUCCAGGAGGUCCGAGCUGCUGCCCACCAAGAGCAGGAACGCCAUGUGACUCCGUCUGACUGACUAGCAGACAGCAAAACAGGCAUAGGUUUUUCUGAUAUGUCACUUUUAUGCUAUCUUCCAUGAAUAACUUUUGAAACAUUAUAGAAAACAAUCAUUCGUGCCCUCCAAAAUGUUUGGGACAAAGACCCAUUAUGUCUUGAUUUGCCUCUACUUUGCCACAAUUUUAAAUUUGCUCAGGGGUGUUUAUUUAAUGUAGGUAUAAGCAAUAUGAGGACCAAAGUUGUGCCAAUGAAAGUCAAAGAAGCCAGUAUGAGACUGAGAAACAAGAAUAAAAUGGCUAGAGACAUCGGCCAAACAUUAGGCUUACUAAAAAUCAACUGUUUAAAAGAGAAUUAAGGAGAAAGAGAGCACUGGUGAGCUUACUAAUAGGCCAAGGGACCGGUAGGCCAAGAAGACCUCCACAGCUGAUGACAGGAGAAUUUGCUACAUGAUAAAGAACAGAAAUAUUCUUCAGGAGUCCAGUGUGGAUGUGUGAAUGACCACUGUCUGCAGAAGACUUCCUGAACAGAAAUACAGAGGCUACACUGCAAGAUGCAAACCACUUGUUAGCCACAAAAACAGGAUGGCCAAAGUAGUUUGCCAAGGAGUACUUAAAAGAGCAACCACAGUUCUGGAAAAAAGGUCUUGUAGACAUAUGAGACAAAGAUGAACUGAUAUCAGAGUGAUGGCAAGAGCAAAGUCCUAAAAAACAAACACAUCCUAUCUGUUCAAGUUCAAGCUAAUGCCCCAAAAUGAGCCAAUGAGUUUCAUUUGACAGCAACACAAUGAUCCCAAACACAUUGCUAAAGUUUAAAGCUUUUAGUUUUUCAAACUAAAAAAUUGUCAGUUCUUGAGUGGCCAAGUCAAUCAUUCGAUCUGAACCCAAUUGAGCAUGCCUUUCAUGUGAUGAAGAGAAAACCUUAGGGGACUUAAUGAUAUUUAAUUUGCAUAACAUUGCUGUGUCCCUAACAUUAUGGUGCCCUGAAAUGGGGGGACUAUGUCUAAACACUGCUGUAAUUUGGUGAAACCAAAAUGUUUUAGAAUGCUGACAAUUAUUUCAAAUCUGACAUUGUGGAGUACAGAGGCAAAUAAAUGAUGGGUCUUUGUCCCAAACAAUACAGAGGACACUGUAUAUAAAGAAUUGAGAUUAUAUACUGCAAACAGCCUUCACAUUGAUAGUUUGGUUAUUCUGCAACACUUCAACAGCUGAUGUUGCAUAUUGUUCCAUAAAAUAUGUAGUGUUGGCAGUGGGAGAUCUGAUGCCUGUUAAGUUGCAUCAAGUGUAGCACAGAAUUACACGUUAGUUAAAUAAUCCAUCUUUGAUUUCAGUGGAGGUUGUUCUUAUUUAGUGUACAAGAUUACACUAAGAUUACUCAUAUGUUGUGUUAAACCACUGAUGCAUUUACACCAAGAAGGCUGGCCAUUCUGCAAGCAAACCAAUGCAUGAGUUCUCACAAUGACAAAUUGUCCAGUCUAUGAUGAGUGUUUUGCCAAUAUAAAGUAACUCUCCCAUUAUUACAUCUAAAUGAACAGAAAUAUCCCCACCAUUUACAAAGUAGAGAGGAGAGACCUUGUGAAGAAUUUAGAUGGCACUGGUCUGCAUUAUGAAGACAGGUUGACUGUCUCAAAAUUACAUGUAUUUACUCUGAAAAGGACAAGGUCCUUGAGCAUAAAGUUAGAUAUGCUAAGAAUACAUUUUAUUAAGACCCAUGACUAAACAAGAGUACAAAUGAAUGUGAAAGGAUGCAUCAUUGAUGAGGUUAUGAAAAAAGUAUUUGUUCUGCUAAAUGCAAUAUAUAGACAUGGGAUGAACUUCUGAAAGUUUCAUAUUUUGUAUGCAUUCGUAGGACUAUUUUCCAGUAUUGUACUUAUGGUAUGGAUUUCAUUAUUGAUGUUGUCCCCACAUUUAUCAGGUUUUCAUCCUGGGGUAUAUGAGCCUGUGAUGCUUUCGGAAGGCGCUCAGACAUCAGUAGUCCAAAAAAAAAAAAAUAUAUAUAUAUAUAUAUAUAUAUAUAUAGCUCAUAUAUAUCUUUUUAGCUCAUAUCAUAUUAAAAUGUACUUCAUAUAUAUAUGAAGAACAUUUUAAUAUGAUAUGGUAUAUGGUCUUUCUGGAAUAUGAAAUUGUGAAAUUUAGAAUGCAAUUUAACAAUUUGUCACACAUGAAUAAAAUCAUAUUUACAAGCA